AGGACCCACCAAAAUUUCGAUAUGAAGUUUUCGGAGGGGCGCCACGAAAUACUUCUCUAUCUCGAUUCCAGUCAUAUACCAUCCAACAUCGCCAACGAAGUCUACUCCCUAAGCCCGAGAUUCGUCCGCCGUCAAGAUGAGGAUCGAAACGUGCUAUUUCUGCAGUAGGCCUGCCUACCCAAGCAAGGGAAUCACAUUCUGCCGCAACGACGCCAAGCAAUUCCGCUUCUGCCGCAGCAAAUGCCACAAGAACUUCGUCAUGAAGCGCAACCCGCGCAAGCUGAAGUGGACCAAGGCGUUCCGGCGGGCGGCCGGCAAGGAGAUGACGGUGGACUCGACGCUGCAGUUCGCGGCGCGGCGCAACGUGCCGGUGCGCUACGACCGCGAGCUGGUGCGCAAGACGCUGCGCGCCAUGGACCGCGUCUCCGAGAUCCGGGCCAAGCGCGAGCGCGUCUUCGCCAAGCGCCGCCGCGCCGGCAAGCGCGCCCAGGACCUCGCCGCCGACCGCAAGCUCGUCCACACCCACGCCCACCUGCUGCCGCGCCUGCGCGGCAGCGACAAGAGGAGGCUCGCCCAGGAGCAGGGCCUGCGGCCCGAGGACAUCGCGGACCUGGAGCGCGGCGUCGCGGGCGUCGCGGAGAAGAAGAGCGCGAGGGUCUUUGGCAAGGAGAAGAUACGCCAGAGGGUGCGUGUCGACGGGGGCGUCGAGGUCGUGGGAGACGACGAGGCUGGGAUGGAUGUGGAUUCCGAGUAGGCGAGCUAGUUGCAAUAUCCGCGAUCACGUUUGCACUCGUACGAAAGGAGGAGGUGUAUCUACGAUGGCGGAUGCUCCCAAAAAAAAGAAAAAAAAAAGAAAGAAAGAAAUCACGGACAGUGGCGUUCAUGUGUAUGGGAUAUUUCGUUUCUUCUGCAUGCCCUGGCGUUGGUGGAUUAUAGGACUCUGAUUCCUUUCUUUUCCUUUCCACGAAACGAAACACGUUUGACCUAGUUACACGGUUCGCUACGAGAAGAUGAUGUAUCGGUGCCGGGCUUAUUCACCGCCUGUGCUGUAUUUCGUGAUAGAAUAUGAGUCUCGUUUUCUU